GUAUCACACUGUUGGACAGUGCGGCUCUUAGAAAGGAUGUGGAUACGAAGAAACAAUACAAGACUGAAUUUCAGGUUAUUGCAUCUGACACCAUUGCGGCUAAGGCCUCUGCACUCCAUGCUGGUGAAUCACUGAAGGCCAGUUUCCUGUGUGGUUUAGUUGAAAUGACUGGAUCUGCUGUAUAUUUAAGUGACACCAGGAAAUCCAGUCAUCAGGCCCGAGUUACUCUCCAAUACAAAAUGACAACGAGGUCUGAGCAUCUGACAAUGAGCCAUUUAGGACAGCAGGUCUCUUAUCCUGCUGUAUUCGACCAAGGCAAAGCAACCCAUGUGGUCACGGCUGUGCUGUAUGGGGCUCAGGCUUUCUUUGUGUUUGAUCGGGAAGUUUCUUUACUUGAGAGCGUAGAAGAGAUACAGGGAAAGAUGAAACUUAUGAUAGAAAAAAUACCAAAGAUUUCAGAAAAAGAUGGAGAAUCCAAAAUGGAUGAUAAGGAAAUAGAAAAUACUGAAAAAAUCACUUGUAUGUUCUAUGGUGACUUUGGUCCCGAGAACAAUCCAGUUACUUAUCAAGAUGCUAUAAAAGUUUAUUCUUCCCUCCCCAAGCUGCUGGGAGCCAAUGGGGAGAAGGCCGUACCAGUGAUAGUCUGGCUGUAUCCACUCAUCAAGCAAGAUUCCAGAAGCACUCAGCUGAUACGUGAGAUCAGCGUUGGGCUGAUUUCCAAUGUUGAAGCUGUCAUGGAGCACCUCACAGAACUAGACAUGCGGUGCAAUGACAUGAUGAAGGACAGGACUGCCACAACUUUCCCUGAAAUGAAGAGGAAAGUCCAGCAAUUCCAAGCUCUGUGUAAUCAGUACAGACAAGCUUUCCAGCGACAGCUAACAGAACUCGUACCCUGUAUCCGUGGAGGAGGAGCCGAGGAAGGGGCCCUGGUGGACAUUUUAAGCAGCAAAGAACAAUCACCAUUCAAUACACAGAGACUCAAUGAAUUUCUGGAUACAAAGGAGCGAGAGAUGAAUUUAGUGGAUUCCUACCUUAGUGUGCUACAGAAUGUGGAAGUCGUAUCCUCCAAGAGUGAACUAGAAAAAAUAGUACUCAGCCCUGAGCAUGAUUCUGUUGUGUCUUUUACACUCACUUCAUUACACAACAAACAACCAUAUGUAUCAGAUUUGAAAUUUUGGCUUCUGGAGAAAAAUCAGGAAUCAGCACCAGCCAGUUCUCCCUAUGAGAAAUCAAACUCCAAACAGUGGUUUGAGGAUGAAGAGAUAAGAAGAAAAGCACGAAAAUUUGCAAAGUCCUUCUCUGACUUUACCAAGGUCAAUAAAUCUCAAGAAAAGACCCGGUUCAUUGUGGCCUCCGUUCCAGAUGAGGAGCAUCCAGGAGCUUCCAUUUACCUGUAUGCAGAUGGAAAGCUGGACAGCCACAAUUUCGAGCCUCCAUUAAAGCCUCUUCCUCCCCUGAUAGAUGGAAUCAGACAUGACCGUGUGCAGCUCACGUUUAACCCAGCAGCCUGUGGCAGGGCUGCGAUAUCCGGCUAUCGGGCAGAGUACAGAAUUGUAGGGCAGGAGAACUGGACGGCUGUGACUGUAAAUAACACACAAGUGACAUUCACAGUAACAGGGCUACGUGCAAACACCGAGUACCAGUUCCGAUACGCUGCAGUGAGCAAACCAGGGCUCAGCGAGAGCAGCGACAUGAGUGAUCCUGUGAAGACUCUUCCUACCAGCCCGCCUGGGAAGCCUGUAACAGAUAUUGUAGAUUCAUCUGCCAUAACUCUCACCUGGGAGAGUCCAAGUGUCACUGGAGAUGGAGUCAGUAUAAGGGAGUAUCAGGUGGAAUAUAAAGAGAAGACAGGAGAUACGGGUCAGGAGGGGAAAGGCAAAUGGCUGGAACGAAGGACAGGAGAUAGAAGUGGAUCUUGUAAUAUUGAUGGACUGAGGCCUGAGACGCCCUACAGAUUCCGAGUGUUGGCUGUGUGUGCGGACGGAGCUGUGAGUGCCCCAAGUGAGGAGAGUUGGAUCUCAACGCUAAAGAAAGAUAAACAUUUAAGUAAAUCUGCGUAUUAUUCCCUCAACUACAGUCCUCUAAUGCCUGGAGCUACUGGAUCAG